UGCCAACUCUAUUUACUGGUAAUAGUUUGGGAAGAAUUAUCAAUGGAAGGACAACACUUAGAGAAGACUGCGAACGUUUCGUCUCCGUCAUUACCCGCAAAAUUGAUCGAAAAUGAGGAGGUGAUGAGCGAAGUUCAUCUGGGCUGCCCCCCUAAUUUCCAUGGCCUUUACACUUCUCACUUCACUUUCUCUCUCCUUUCUGGAGCUGAGCUCAUGGGGAGUAGAUGUGGUGACCAUUUUAAAGAAGAAUCAAGUUCUUCUGAGCAGACUGUUGAUUUGGAUGAAGAUGGUGAUAUCAUUGUGGUUCGACGAAGCAAACAAUCGUAUUAUACUGGUGUGGUCAGCAUCCAGCACAAUAUCACAUCGACCAUUCCAAGUGUGGGUUUGCAGGUUUGGAGGGCAGAGUUGAUAUUAGCAGAUUAUGUAUUGCACAUGAUGUCUUCUUCAUCUGUUUUCAAUGGUGUUGUCGCUGUUGAACUUGGUGCCGGCACAGGAUUGGUUGGUAUAUUAAUUGCACGAGUUGCUGAGGCUGUUUUCAUAACAGACCAUGGUGUUGAAAUUCUUGAAAACUGUGCUAGGAAUGUUGACAUCAACUCCGGAUUAUUCGGAAGUGAAUCUUCAGUCAAAGUCCGAGAGCUUGAUUGGAUGAAACCAUGGCCGCCUAUGAAUUUGGAUCCUGGAGUAAGUUUGUCAUCUAGGUAUUCCUGGACACCUUCUGAGGUGGAAGAAGUCAAUAGAGCAUCUGUGCUGUUAGCUGCGGACGUGAUUUACAGUGAUGAGUUAACAGAUGCCUUUUUCAGUGUUUUGGAGAAGAUGAUGUGCCAACAUUCUGAAAAGGUGUUGUAUCUUGCACUAGAGAAACGAUACAAUUUCAACUUGUACGAUCUUGACGUUGUUGCCAACGGUUAUUCACAUUUCCUUAGUUAUUUGAGUGAAGAAAAGGGUUUCACUGGCAAGCGUAUUGUGCUUUCAGAAAUUCCUCAGUACGUGAGGGAGUACGAAAGAGGAAACGAUGUUGAGCUGUGGGAGAUAAAGUAUGUUGCGCGUAAAUGUUAACGAGCCGAUGUUCGCUUGGUUAGCACUAAAUGCUGGAGUUGGACAUGAAAGAGAGAUACGUAUAAGUGUUGAAUUUUACUAGCUUUAAUCUAUCAUUAGUCAUUAGUCUCAUUACCCUUCUCUGAGGCAUUUUGUUGACCUAUUCAUUUGUAGACUGUGGAUGUUGCUAUUUAGGGAAAUACACAUCUGUCUCAUAGGGUGUUACUAUCUAGGGAAAUACACAUCUGUCUUAAUCAUAUACUCUGUAAAAACAAACUAAAGCAUUUUUAAUGGAGCAUUUAAUGUUUUUCA